AUGUUUGCAUGGUGUUCGAAUGCCCACUCAGGAUCCCUCUCAUGUUUAUCUGCGGAUUACUCUGAAACCCACAACAAGCUUCACGUCAACUGUUCCAGCCAUACAGUCGUCACACGACGUGUGGAAGCCUCAAGCCCGGUGAAGGAGUCCGUGGAAAAAUACCUGGACAAGGGCUACAGCUACUCUCGCACCAACAACCCCACCGUGACGGCACUGGAAGAGAAGCUGGCCAAAGUGGAGAACGGGUUUGGUUCCUCGGCAUUCGGCACCGGCAUGGCCGCCACCACCAGUGCCAUCUCUGCGACCAUGCAGGCGGGUGAUCACUGUGUCAUCUCGGACUGCUCCUACGGAGGCACCAACAGGUCCUGCAGGGAGUUCUUUACCCCUUUGAACAUGGAGUUCGACUUCGUGGAUUUCCGGGAUCCGGAGAACGUCAAGAAGGCCAUGAAGCCCAAUACCAAGCUUGUGUUCAGUGAGACCCCGGCCAAUCCGGUUUUGCGCGGCCCUUGGAUACUUGUGGCAGUUUUUUUUUUUGUGUGUGUGUGUGUGUGCGUGCUUAGCACUAAGCUUCGAUUCCAUUCGGGUGGUGUUCUCGCACUAUGUGGGUGUGUAAGACAUAUGCUCGUGCAGGGUCCUGUGGCUGCGGCUGUGAGCAGAUUCAGUGUCUCUUCAGCCUCGUCUUGCAAGUCUGCCAGAGUUCAUAGGAGCCGCUGUCGACAUCUGCAGUCAGACGCGUUUCAGAAACACGUCCCACCGCAAGAGCUGAAGCCUCCUGAUGGGGACCCGGAGCCGCCUGGGGCCAGGUCCCUCACUGACAUCGAGGCCGUUUCCAAGAUCGCCCACGAGGCCUCAAGGUCCAAAUUCUUCGGAAGAGGCUGUUUCGGGAACACCGCCGCUGAUCUUCGAGGGCCCCAGGAGUUCGGCUGUGCUUCGAUCUGA